GACUAGUGUUAUAGAAGUUAGAAGUGCAGUUCCAAGUGUCUCUUUGAGCCACCUAACAUUUUUGAUCUUCCUUCCUCUGAAACAAGAACAAAAAUGGAGAAUUCGACCGAAGAAUCCCAUCUCCGAUCGGAAAACUCCGUCACUUACGAUUCCCCUUACCCUAUCUACGGCAUGUCAUUCUCCCCCUCCCACCCCCACCGCCUCGCCCUCGGCAGCUUCAUCGAAGAAUACAACAACCGCGUCGACAUCCUCUCUUUCCACCCUGACACCCUUUCGGUAACUCCCCACCCUUCUCUCUCCUUCGACCACCCUUACCCUCCCACCAAACUCAUGUUCCACCCCCGCAAACCCUCCCCUUCCUCUUCCUCCGACCUCCUCGCCACCUCCGGCGACUACCUCCGCCUCUGGGAGAUCCGUGAUAACUCCGUGGAUGCCGUCUCCCUCUUCAACAACAGCAAGACCAGCGAGUUCUGCGCCCCCUUAACCUCUUUCGACUGGAACGACAUCGACCCCAACCGCAUCGCCACCUCCAGCAUCGACACCACCUGCACCAUCUGGGACAUCGAACGCACCCUCGUCGAAACCCAACUCAUCGCUCACGACAAGGAGGUUUACGACAUCGCCUGGGGAGAGGCCAGAGUCUUCGCCUCCGUCUCCGCCGACGGCUCCGUUAGAAUCUUCGACCUUCGCGACAAGGAGCACUCCACCAUCAUCUACGAGAGCCCCCACCCUGACACCCCUUUGCUCCGCUUGGCUUGGAACAAACAGGACCUGAGGUACAUGGCCACCAUUUUAAUGGACAGUAAUAAAGUUGUGAUUUUGGAUAUUAGGUCUCCCACUACCCCUGUUGCGGAGUUAGAGAGGCACCGUGGGAGUGUGAACGCCAUUGCUUGGGCUCCUCAUAGCUCCACGCAUAUUUGUUCUGCUGGUGAUGAUACUCAGGCUCUUAUUUGGGAAUUGCCCACGCUUGCUUCUCCCACUGGGAUUGAUCCCGUCUGCAUGUACUCUGCUGGCUGUGAAAUUAACCAGCUGCAGUGGUCCGCCGCCCAGCCCGAUUGGAUUGCCAUUGCUUUUGCCAACAAGAUGCAGCUUUUGAAGGUUUGAGGUCAGAACAAACAAUUACACAUUCUAGCCACUUCAUUGUGGCAUAGACAUAGCAACUUCUGAUCACUUGAGUGACUGAGUUAUAUAUAUUAUUGUAGUUGUGCAAACUAGUUUGCCCUCCUCAUGUUUUACUUGUGGCGAAAUUAACGAUGUUCAAUUUGUCUGUUAAAGAUGGAUUUUUAACCUGUUGUGAAGUAAGAUUUCUUGUCUGUGAUGUGGAAGCCAUAGCUAUUAGUUUCUUAGUUAACAUGAGAAAUCACAUGUAGUAUGUGGAAUCAAUUACCACACAUCCAGAUUAUAGGUCGUAAAAUCUUCAGUGUUUGUAUUCCCAUUUGAUUUUAAACACCCUACCUCUGAUAUGUAUGGACUAUGGAUCUGUAUUCUUGAGCUUUUGCCAUACGCUUCCGUGCUUAGCUCCAUGACUUUGCUAAUGCCUUUGUUUGUUACGGCUUAGAGCGUCCUUGCUAAGCAUUUAUUUGUCUAA